AUGAACAUCUGCAUUUGUGUGACCGUCGCAGUUUUUAUCAUCUCCAGCAAAGGCCUUCUUGCAGCACCAACGAAUGUCGAUGGCGGCGAGAAAUGUGAUGCCAAGCCUGCCUCGAGCAGGAUUGAAGAACGAGCACUGUGCACCUACACCAGGAUCAUUGACAAGGACGAAACUCGCCAUCCUCCAGAGAUUCCCACGGUGCGCUGCAACUGCCUCGAAUCGCUCUGCGGAAACGUGGGAGACUUCCGUUGCCAAGAAGUGACAGAGACUCUUCUCGUUCACUACCCGGCACAGCGUCGCAACCUGAGCAUCGAGGUGACCACGGCGUGCAUCUGCGUGGCGAGCCGGAGCAAACCGGCGUCGCCGACGCAAACCAGGGUCCUCAUGGACACAGGCAACUAUAUUCUCGCAUGAGAUGUGCGGCGUGUAAGCCGAUGCUCCCUUA